UUGACAGGAACUACACCGCAGAUACCCAAGCGACGCUUUCUGUUUGUUUGUUCCUAGAAACUUGCCGCUUAAAUGUCCCUGCCUUUUACUAGAUACUGCUGGGCACUUUAUUUCAGAAUAUAUUUGAAAAAAUUCAUAGCUCUUAAAUCAGGAGCACAUGGCUAUUUUCAGUAUAAGAAACAAUCAUAGGAGGCGAUAUGUUAUUCUGUUUUUGAGUCUCGCGUGCUUUAUUAUAUACCGACACUUCAGAGGUCCGACCGGAAAGAUAAAGAUAAAUCGAUCAAUGGGUCUGAGGGUGAACUCUUCUCAGUUCACUUUGGGAGGAAAGCCCUUUCGUAUUCUGGGGGGCUCUUUACACUACUUCCGCCUGCCCAGAGCGUACUGGAUGGAUCGGAUGGUGAAAAUGAAAGCCUGUGGUCUCAACACUCUCACUGUUGAUGUGCCAUGGUCUCUCCAUCAACCAGAGAAAGGAGAACUACGUUUCCAGGGAGGCCUUGACAUAGAAAGUUUUCUUCACUUGGCUGCCGAGGUGGGACUCUGGGUAAUUUUACGUCCAGGACCGUACAUAGGCUCUGACCUUGACCUUGGAGGACUGCCCAGCUGGCUUUUGCGUGAUAGAGAGAUGAAGCUGCGAACCACUUACCCAGGAUUCAUAGCAGCUGUAAACAUGUACUUCGAUAAGCUCAUUCCCAAAAUGGUGCCUUUCCAGUUUAAGAAAGGUGGGCCUAUCAUUGCUGUUCAAGUGGAGAACAAAUAUGGAUCACAUGCAAGAGAUGGAAACUACAUGUCAUUUAUCAAAGAGGCUCUCCAAGAAAGAGGCAUCAGUGAAGUUCUCCUAACAUCAGACGACCAUGAGGGUCUAACAUAUGGUGGAGUCCAAGGAGCUUUAAGAACUCUAAAUCUACAGAAAAUGAAUCAUGAUGACAUCAAAUAUCUGGAAACAGUACAGCCCAACAGUCCUGUGCUGGUGAUGGAGCUCUGGACAGGGAGGUGUGAUGGAUGGGGCGGUUUACACCAUAGUUUACCUGCAGAGGACUUGGUUGCCGUGGUAAGAGAGAUACUGCGACGAGGAAUGUCCAUCAACCUGUACAUGUUCCACGGAGGGACAAACUUUGGCUUCAUGAAUGGGGCAUUGGCCAACCCGUCUUACAAAGCUCUGGUUACAAGCUAUGAUUAUGAUGCUCCUCUGUCAGAAGCAGGAGAUUACACACCAAAGUACCAUCUUCUCAGAGAUCUUCUCAGCAAUUUCAACGGUGAAAUCCUCUCUGAGAUGCCUGGUCUCCGCUGGAAAGAAGAAUAUGAGACACACAUAUUCCCACAACACCUCACCCUAAAUGAAUCUCAAAAUCCAUCUUCUUCACCCUCGAGCCUUUCAAAUCUCAAUUCCAAUAUGGAGAAUCUGUCUGUGAAUAACGGUAAUGGCCAGGCGUAUGGAUACCCUCUCUACGAGACCACCAUCACCAGAGGAGGCUCUUUAAAAUCGGGACGCAACAUCCAAGACAGAGCCCUGGUUUACAUUAACAAAAUUUAAACACAAAAAUUUCCAAAAAAAAAUGUAGAAUUGGCUGUUCCUGAUGGAAAGGAGAAACGCACUUUGAGUCUGCUGGUGGAGAACUGUGGCCGUGUGCAUUACGGUAAAGACAUGGACAACCAGCGCAAAGGUAUUGUUGGGAACAUUUUAUUAAAUCAUACACCUCUUAGAGACUUCACAAUAUAUAGCCUGGAUAUGACUACUGACUUUAUUGAUAGCUUGUACAGGGCACCUUGGAAGUCCGUCCCUAACAAACCAAGCUUCCCAGGAUUUUUCCAGGGAAGGUUAUUCGUGAAUGGAUAUCCCAGUGACACUUUCAUGAAGCUGCCAGGUUGGAGUAAGGGUGUGGUCUUCAUUAAUGGCCAAAACAUGGGACGGUACUGGGAUGCUGGACCACAGCAAGCUUUGUUUCUACCAGGACCCUUCCUCAACAGUGGAAUGAACCAGGUGAUUGUGUUUGAAGAAGCAGAAGGGGAUUUUAAAAUCCAGUUUGAAGAUUCUCCUGAUCUGGGAAUGACAGUUGACAUUUAAUAAACAAAAAUCAAGAAUGUUUUAUGUAAUCAGCAUACGGACUGUACUACCAAAUACAAACUCUAACUCUAUCAAAAUGCCUGAACAAAAAUGAAAUGAACA